GGGAAUUUGAUGCGUUAGUGAGACUCAGUGUUGCGACUAUUGGUGUGAAUAUCGAUAAUAAACGUGUUGUCAAUAAAAUGUGAAACAAAUUCACGUUUCGUUCGAAUAGAGAAUUAGUACGCAUUUGACACUCAGUUCGAUAUGAAGUGACGAUUGGAUCGGAUUUGAGACCAAUGAGUGCUCGCAGUGACAGACACUGACAUCACGAACACCAUUGCAUCACAUCUGUGGUCAGUCCCACCACUGCUGACACUCACGAGUCGUUGAAGACAUCUGUUGGGCAGCCAUUGGCGCCGUACGAGUGGUCGCUGUAAUGGACUUAAGACUGAUCUCGAACUACAGCCUAAGAAGUGAUGCCUCUCUGCAGAAAGAGACCAUUGAGUACUUCGAGCGCCUGAAGAGCGAUGAGUUGGGAUGGAAGCUAUGCGUGGAGUGUCUGGUGUCGCGUCACGUGACCGACGAAUCGGCCGUUUUCUUCUGUCUUCAG